AUGGCGGCAGCGGGCGCGGAGGAGCGGCGGGGGGCGGCGGGGCCGGAGCGCGGCCCCGGCCCCGGCCCGCUGGGCUCGCUGCUCAGCCGCCUGCCGCUGGCGCCCGCCGCGGCCCCACGGCGCCGCACCGCCAGCCAGUGCAAGCCGGAGCCGCCGCUGCUGCGCACCAGCAAACGGACCAUCUACACGGCCGGGCGGCCGCCCUGGUACAGCGAGACCGGCGCGCCCGUAGAUGAGGCCUUUGUCAUCGGCCUGUGCGGCGGCAGCGCCUCCGGCAAGACCACGGUGGCGACGCGGAUCAUCGAGGCGCUGGACGUGCCCUGGGUCGUGCUGCUCUCCAUGGACUCCUUCUACAAGGUGCUGGAUGAGGGGCAGCAGGCGCUGGCAGCCCGCAGCGACUACAACUUCGACCACCCCGAUGCCUUUGACUUCGAGCUGCUUGUCAGUGUCCUGCGCAAACUCAAGAAGGGCAAGAGCGUGAAGGUGCCGGUGUACGACUUCACCACACACAGCCGGCGCCGCGAGUGGAAAACAGUGUAUGGGGCCAACGUCAUUGUGUUUGAAGGGAUCCUGGCCUUCGCCAACAAGGAGCUGCUCAAGCUCCUGGACAUGAAAGUGUUUGUGGACACGGACUCCGACAUCCGUCUGGUGCGGCGGCUGCAGCGCGACAUCAUGGAGCGCGGGCGCGAUGUUGCAGGGGUCAUCAAGCAGUACAACAAGUUUGUGAAGCCAGCCUUUGAGCAGUACAUCGAGCCCACCGUGCAGGUUGCCGACAUCGUGGUGCCCAGGGGUGGGGAAAACUUCGUGGCACUGGACCUCAUUGUGCAGCAUGUGCACAGCCAGCUGGAAAAGCGGGAGAUUACAGUCAGGGCAGCCCUGGCCUCCGCCCACCAAGGACAGCCCCUGCCAAAGACACUGAGCGUCCUGGAGAGCACGCCGCAGGUUCGGGGCAUGCACACCAUCAUCAGGAACAAGGACACGACCAGGGAUGAAUUUAUCUUCUACUCCAAGCGCCUGAUGCGGCUGCUAAUCGAACAUGCCUUGUCCUUCCUCCCCCUGAAGUCGGUCACUGUGGAGACACCCCAGGGCACCAUGUACGAGGGGAAGCGGUUCCACAGGCAGCGGAUCACCGGCGUGUCCAUCCUGCGAGCAGGUGAGACCAUGGAGCAAGCCCUGACUGCUGUCUGCAAGGACAUCCGCCUGGGCAAGAUCCUCAUCCAGACCAACCUGGACACGGGCGAGCCCGAGGUGAGUCCUGCUGCAGCCUGGCACGCGGCCCCGCGCCACUGGCACGUCACCAAGCGCCCUUCCUUCCCUCCCCAGCUCCACUACCUGCGCCUGCCCAAGGAGAUCAGCGAGGACUACGUCAUCCUCAUGGACAGCACGGUGUCCACAGGGGCCGCGGCCAUGAUGGCUGUGCGCGUCCUGCUGGACCAUGACGUGCAGGAGGACAGGAUCUUCCUGCUGUCGCUGCUGAUGGCAGAGAUGGGGGUGCACUCCGUGGCCUAUGCCUUUCCCCGUGUCCACAUCAUCACCACCGCUGUGGACAAGCGGGUCAACGAGGAGUUCCACAUCAUUCCGGGCAUUGGUAACUUUGGAGACAGAUACUUUGGCACCGAUGGCCCCUCGGCCUGGUGUGAGAAUGACAGCACGGACUGCUGAUCUGGCCACAGGACCACAGGCUAGGCUGGCUGCAGGGCUGGCACCCAUCCCUGACCCCAGGAAAGGCCCUGAGCUGCCAGCUGUGCCCACCUGCCAGCCCCUGGCUCUCUGGACCUGCAGACAAGCCCCUGCUACUGGUCUCCCUCUGCCCCAAAGGACCAGUCCUCCCCAGGGAGAAGAGAGGGAUGGCCUCUCCUUCGGACCACGAAGAGGGGAUAUUUAGGACAUUCCUUGCUCCCAGAGCCCUGCCUCUGGGCCAGCGGUGCCUCCAGAGGGAGUGGUGGCCUCCCUGCGGCUGUGCCUGAGGGGUGCUCACCUUCUCCCCAGGGAAAGAGGGGGAUGGGGUCCAGUCCAGGCGACCUCUGUGCCUGGAAUCCAUAUUUAUUUAUAUUUAUUGAGGGCGGCCUCCAGCUCCAGUGGGACCCUCUGACAUCAGGGACUGGACCUCAUAGAUUCACCCCGUCCCUGCCAAUCCACACUCCAUCCCUGGCCCCGGGAUUUGAGGGGGUUGUCACGGGGCUGCCUUCCCGGUGCUGUCCCAUCCUCAGUGUGCAGAGUGCUGCCGGUGACCAGGGAGUGGUGAGGUGUCCCCGGUGCUGCCCUUGUUGCUCAGGUUCUUUUUCCAAAGGGCAGCGGCAGCCUUGCCCCCCCCCCUCGGCCCCACCACCGACGGCAGCAGGGAAUCCCGGGGGCGGGGGUCUGCCCCGGUACCCGCGCCGUCCCGGGCCCGGCCGUGCCCUCACCACCUCUUCGCCGCCGUUUUGUACCAAUAAAGGAGCAGCGCGAUCCCCGA